UACCUAAUAGUGUUUUGCUGACAUGCAAAUAAUUGAUUCUUCAAAAAAUCCAAUGGUAUGCCUACUCAAGAAACUCUGCCACUAUUUUUGUUUCUAUUCGUGCACACGCAGUCGUUGGUAAGGCCUCUGUGGCUACGUUAGGAUAAAUCUGGUAGCGCUCGUUUGGUAGGACACGCUUGGGUGGCAUCAGUUUAAGCAACAGUAACGACGGCUAUUCGCAGUUUCGAUUUGCAGCAAUAGACACUUCCUCGCACUGACCUGUGCAUCUACCUUCACUUGGCCUGUUCCAUUCUGCAGUUUCACAAGGUUGGACGCCUGUUUAUUUUUCGGCUGGCGUCCGUCCUAGCAACGUUAACUAGCAAUAGAAGCAACAGCAACAGCUGCAGCAGCAACAAGCCUGACAUCGGCAUCAGGCUCACCUUUGGCGGCAGGUCCGUAAGGGCAUCACAGUUCCUUUCGGGCUGUCGUCUGAAGGCGUCGGUAGUGGUAUCGUAUGCGCCGCUUUCCCGGCCUAUCGGAGGUCGCUCGCCAUACACCUCGAAGGUCUAAAUCGAUUCACGUCGGGUUGGGCGGUUCUCUUUGCCACAUCAGCGGCAACGGCAGUAAAGCGAGAGUAGAUAGCAACGCUUGACGACUCUGUGCUUGUGAUCCUUCCCUUUUUUACGGGUGUAUUUGCCUAUCAUACCCGAGAACGACACACUUGGACAACAGCGAACUACUAGUGAACGCAGCAGACUACACGCUCAAAAAUGGUGAAUUGGAAACGUCCGCUGACGUUGAUCUACCGGGAUAACCACAAAUUCGGUUCCGCCCUCUACGAACCAACACUCGAAGAGUGCGAGAGGCGUUAUACGGGUUCCCUGCAAACGACAUCCUUUCGAUCGGACCGACCCGACAUUGCAGUGUUCGAUAAGUCACCGUUGGUCGGAUCGAGUUUUAGACGUACUUCGUCUAGUUAUAAAACACCACGUCCAAAAUCGCUUUUCGAAGAUCUUCACGAACAGCGAUCUGCCAGCUGUACGCGACCUACACUUGAUCCCAACAAGGAUGAGUCUUUACAUCACCGCUGUAAGUUAACGGAAGACCGCGGCACAAUUAGGAGAAAGCAAAUCAGCCGACAAGGGUCAUCUGCUGUGCGAGAGUUGAAAUCUGAGCUUGAGCAACUUCAGGCGCGUAUCGGUGACAAUGAGAAAGCUGCUCGUCAGGAUGCCUCAGUUCUGCGAGACAUCAUGGGUGGUCGAAUGAUGGAAAUGGCGGCGAAAAUUCGCGAAGCCGAAAUGUACAACGAAGAAUGUCAAAAAAUAAUACGCAAACAGUCGCAACUUAUGGGCGACCUACAGAGCUAUUGUGCGGGCCUAGAACGCAAACUUGCUGAUACGAUCGACGAAUUGGCCGCAUCAAAUAAUAAGGUCAAAGGGCUUUACAUCCAGCUAGAGACCGUGUGUGGCGACUAAGUACGGUGCCGUUUUCAACAUGACCACCGCAGAUGCCCUAUUAAGAAUCUGUGAAAAUCGUACGUAGAUAACUCCUUGGGAUCAUUUUUGAACGGAGAUUUCUAUUUUGUAGGCGCGGAAUCUUCCGAGGUGUCACUUAUACCUCAGUGACAUCGCACCACUUCAACAAUAACCUGUCCGCAUAUCGCUGCUUAUGUCACGCUUAAUUCAAAAACUGUUUCCUGCUUACGCCUAAACUACAUUGUUUCACUCUCAGCGAAAACGAUCAUCUACACGACAAUUUUUCAAUCAUCUUUGUCAGCUUAACCACAUCAACAUCAUAAUAAAUGGUCAUAAGGACGAAUGACAAGAAGCCGUAUCAACAAAACAGACAUUGCUAUCGAGACAUUUCUAAUGUCUCAACUUGGAUUCACUAUGAUAGACCAGUUUUUCGUUUUGCACACCUAGUAAUAUCGAGCCUGGUGCAAACAGAGUACAGAGCUUAGCCAACCAAAACAUCCAAUAAGAGCUCAUCAAUGAUUUCCUGGUUGCUACAUAUUCAUCAACCCAUGCUUAAAUCCACGGGCCAGCGUCACUUUUUCAGAUCUGCGCCGGACAACGUUAGAUGGAGAGAAAACCAAGAAAUAAUCUAAAACGAUUAAGCUAGACAGUUUUAGUCAGCUAUAUGUGACCUAAAUGUGUUUCUUUGCCUUCGAAAUUAUCGUGCAAAUGUACAUAAAUAUAUAGCGGCAAUCGCGGAAAAUGUUUCAAUGUAGGACACAGGAUAACUAUGAAAGAACAAAUGUUGAACGUUAAAAAUAAAAUACUAAGAUGAACUGUCUC